GUCACAACUGUCACUGUCACUUACACGCAUGUCUGUCUGUCAUCUUCCUGUCUUUAAAUAAAUAAUAAUGAAUUAAAUCUAAGAACUAAAUUUACCAAUUAGUCGAGAAUUUUAAAUUAAAAAUGUCUUUCAAGCAAGAUUUAAAGCAGGUUCUUAAACCGUAUUACAUAUUUAACAUAUUAUUAAGUCUGUCCUAUGUAGCUUUGAAAAGAACACCAGGUGUAUGCAAUUAUUUAUUUCCCACUAGUGGUUGUGAAUUUGAGGGGAGAGAAACAGAAAUUUUGUUCUUUCUUAUUAUAGUUAUAGCAAUAAGGACUAGAAAAGCAGGAAGUGUUUCUAUGAUUAAUUAUUUGUCUUCUAGUUUCAUUUAUACCAAAGUGGCGAAUUUGAUUUUAUGGUUCAGUGCGGAUCUUUUUAUGGGAAUUGUCUUUGGAAUAGUAUUCAUUUUAGGAGCAUUGCUAUUUCCUGAGCCUACCUACUCAGGCCCUGACAAGGUGACAUACUUCAGAGGAGUUCAAGGACUGGAUGAAGAAUUACAGAGAGACAAAAAGGUUACAUGGAUUGUUACCUUCUACGCAGUUUGGAAUCCAGCUUGUGUGAACUUUGCACCAGUGAUUUCUAAACUUAGUACUAUAUAUGACAUAGAAAAUCUGAAAUUUGGUAAAGUAGAUAUAGGGAGGUACCCGGAUGCUGGGCAGAAGUACCACGUAAGCGAUAGUAGCAUGAGCAAACAGUUACCUACCGUAAUUUUAUUCCAAGAUGGGAAAGAAGUGAUCAGAAGACCAAUGGCUGAUACUAAAGGAAAACUGAUCAAAUUCUCUUUUACUGAAGAAAACAUUAUCAAUGUUUUUGGUCUCAAAGGGUUAUACGAGAACUGUAAAGAGGAAUUAAAGGUUAAACCUAAAAAGCAACAUUCGGCAUAAGUAGGGUGUAUGGUUUUCAGAUUUAAUAAAAGGUGGUUUGGACUAGGCUAAUGAAAGUGUGGUUCCUCAGUAUGUAUUGCUGAUUCAAUUGCAGUUUAUUGUCAUUAUUAACCAAUUUAUUGUUCAAGUCGCCAUCUUUUUAUUCAGCUUGUAUCUUUCUUUCUUCUUGAAUACUAAUUUCUAUCAGUGAGUUUGUGGAUGAUUAAGAAAUGACAGUCCAAACAUUUAAUAAAGAUUUAUUAAAUCACUGAAUAAUCGUAGAUAUAAAUAUUGAAGUGGUUUUUGAUAUGGCAUUUAUAUAUCUUUUUAUGAAUUUUACCGUGUUGUUAUAUUUUUAUGAUUUGCUAGAUCUGCUGUCUUUAAAGUAACUAUUUAGUAGUUUAUAUAUAUAUUAUGUAUUUGAUGUGCCAUUAAACAAUAAGUCCUUAUGUAAUUGGUUUCCAUGAAACAAAAAUCAUAUAUGGCAUUUUAUGUAACUGCUGUUUUUUUAUUGUUUGUAUUGUUUUUUCUCUUCGUGUCUUUUUUAUUUAACACGUUAAGCCACAGUCGCAUUAACACGAUAAUAUGCUAUUGGCCAAAUUGGGUCGUUAGUAAAAAUUAGCUAUGCACAUGGGGUUUAACGUGUUAAAGAAUUUUUGCUAUGAUUGCUGAUAUUAUAGCGCAAGUUUUAUGUUUUAUAUAAGAACAACCUACAACAUUAUGUAUUUUGUAGUGAUCUUCAUAAAACAGACUGGUCAUGUACACAAAUUUUUUUAUUAAUUUGUUUUAAUAAGUGAUUAUUUCAAGUAUUUUUUCUAAGAGAAUGCUUAUGCCUGAAAGUUAGCUCUAUUUGUUGAUUAUAUUACCCAAAUUUUUUUGUGAUUGUUAGCAAUGUUAAAUAAAAAAAUACAAAUUUGA